AUGAGCCCAGACUGUACGGGCGGAAGAUCUCAUGCUUCAAAUUGCCUGCACGUUCCCUACAGUGGAAACCAUGUUUUAGAAUUUUUGACUGUGCUCCCGGGUGUUACCGAUAAAUUGACCACCUCAGGCUUCCGCCUAGGCAGAGACGCUAGAUUGAAGCCUGGAGCAUAUCCUUACAAGAUCUGCCCACUUCAAACAUCCCCACACUUUGCCGAAAGAGGUGCGCUUAAACUGCCCUCUGAUUAA